GGAAGGAGCUGUUGGCCUGGCGCAUGCUUAGGAGGGGUGGAGUUUCCCCCUCCCCAACAGGAGAUCACAGUUGGUCUCAUCGGGCCUGAGCUGGCAUGUGACGGGGCCUUGGCAUGAUCUGGUGGGGCCUUGGCGUGGUCUAAUGCUGCAGACUUGUGAUGAGGCCUUGGCAUGACUGGUGGUGCCAGCUGAACUGAACCUUCCUCCCUGCUUUGAGCAGUGAUGGUGCUGCUUGUCCGGACAGAGUGGCCCCUACCUGGCUGCGAUGCCCUUUGGGAUGAGGGUUCCAUCGAGCUCCUCCAUAGGCUGAGGUACUUUAACUUCCUGGAGACUGUAACUAACAACUGAGUUGGAGGCGGGUUGGAGGAGUGAGUGAUGCAGAGACAGGGAGCAAGUGCCAGAGUCCCCUGCACCCUUUGAAGGCUGUGACCUCCCCCUCCCUCUGCCUGUGCCUGCUUGCGGCCUUCAAGGACCAUCCAUAGGAGACCCAGCAAGGAGGAGAAGAUGCCGCUGCACCGCUCUGCCUUGAGCAACCGCUCUGACAGCAGUGACUUGGACCUGGAAGGCAUUGCUGAGAGCGAGCUGGCCAAGAUACAACGCCAGUUCCGCCUGCUAGAGGGUGACCGCCGUGCCUAUGCCCAGGAGUCGCAGGAGACCAUCCGCAGGCAGCUGGCUGAAAUCCACAGGCUGGAGAAGGAGCAGGAAGGGCUGCUGAAGGAGCUGCAGCUGGCAGAGAGCAGGGCCAACCAGCUGCGGGAGCGGGCACAGGCAGGCAGCUUGCGCACCAUGCUGCAGCACAAGGACCAGACUCAGGAGCAGGUGGCCCAGGAGAGGAGGACACUGGCAUGUCUGGAUCUGGAGAUCCAGAGCUGGGAAAAGCGGCUGGCGGAGCUGCAGAGGCAUGCGGGCAGUGCCGGCAUCACUGAGCGGGACAAAGCCCAGAUACAGAAGAAGGUGCAGACCCUGGAGAACCAGCUGAACAGGACCUUGGCCAAGUUCAACUCCCAGCUGGUGCUGAACGCCCACCUGCGUGAGGAGCUGGAAACCAUGCGCAUUGAGCACAGCCGCUUUCAGCAGCUCUGCCGACGGCUGGAGAGGGAGGCGCAUGAGAAGCGAAAGGAGAUUGGAGCUGUGAUCGACACAUCCUCCAUGGCUUAUGAUGCCAGGGAUGAGGCACAGGCCAAGCUGGGGCAGCUGCGGGAAAAGGCGGAGAAGGAUGUGGCACAGCAUGGGGCUGAAAUGAAAGAGCUGCAGCGGGUGCUGGACCACGACAGGCGUCUCCACCAAUUUCUGGCCAUCAAGGCACAGGAGCGGAGCCUUACCCAGGAGGCGCUGGAGGCCCGGCAGCGGAGAGCCCAGGAGUUGGCUGAGGGGAAGCGCCGUGACCCUGAGGAAGAGCUAUUGGAAUCCUAUGAAGAUGCUUUCAGGCAGCUGCGGGAACUGAAGGGGCAGGAUGACCUGGACCUGCUGGUGGAAAAGUUCCUAGAAGAGGAAGAUCAAAACUUCGCUGAAUUCAACUACAUCAAUGAGCAGAACAGUGAGCUGGAGUGGCUGGGGGAGCACAUCACUCAGCUGCAGCAGGAGAUUGUGGCAGCCCAGGCACAGGAGGAGUGGGCAGAGCGGGAGCACCGGGCAGAGCUCCGGGCUGUAGAGACCAAGCAAGAGGCAGCUGUGCAAGAGGCCGAGCACCUGCUUGCCAAGGAGAAGGAGAUCAUCAAGACCCUGGAGCAUGUUAAGGCAGGCAUUAGGGAGCUGUUUGAGGAGCUGGGCUGUGAUCGGACAGGGUUGGACGAGGUGCUGGGGGGUGGGACCGUGGUGCGUGACUCCACCUUGCUGCUCUUCCUGGGGCGGAUUGAGCAACGAGCCACUGAGCUGCUGGCCAUGCGCUCCUACCUGGCCUCCAAGAACUUUGAUGACUCUUACAACCCCUCGGAGACAGCACGGCUGCUGCUGGGGCAGACGGAGGGUGUCCCUACCCUGCCCUGCCCCCCACGACCUCCCACUGCCAGGGAAGACCAUGACACUGAGGAGGCCCUGACAGAUGGGAGCGAGGAAGAGGAGAGACCCCUCACCCACAGUGAGCUGAGGGAGCGCAUCCUCCAGGAGGUGCUGAGCCGGGAGGAGACACUUCCCUCCAAGAGGAGCCUGGACCCAGAGCAGGCUGAGGGGUGUGCACUGCACCCCAUGAAGGCUUGACCUGAGGGCUGAGGUCUCGGGCUCCGGGUAUGGAACAGCCAGUGUGCUGGGCAGAUUGACGUGGGGACAGCUCUUCCAUCCCAACGCCAGGGGCCCCCCAUCUCUGGUUCCACUUCUCUCCCCCAGGGCUGGACCCUCCCCUCCGACACUACCUGGGGCCUGGCCUGCCUGUAUCCUGGACUUGCAGGUGCAGGGGGUAGCCCCCAUUUCUGCCUAUAGCUCCACACGCCUACCUACCCACCCUGUUCCUGCAGGAGUGGCCGAUUCCCUGGCCCGCCAACAAGGACCUGGGCAUCUGGGGGGCCCUGGCCUCUGGGAUCCCCCUUCUCUGACAAUCUUGUCUCUAAUUCAAGCCCCCAGUUAAUCAUGGAUCAAAGCUAGUUCCUAUCCUUGGUGUGGCCCCUGGCAGGCCCUCCCCAGGGCAAGCACAGCAUAGGCACAAGGGCCCCUGGGACUGGCUUGUUUCUGCCCUCCCUGGCAGGGCCUUUGAGCAGGGCUUGCUGUAUCAGUGCUGUCACCAUACAUGGAGCAGGAAUAAAUGUCCCCAGCAACA